AUGCACGUGUCUAUUCUCAUCUAUGCACUUGGUGGACUGGCCAUCGUCCGCUUUGUGUUGCUUGCUGUGCGGUCCAUAACCUCGCCGUUGAGAAGAGUGCCGGGUCCCUUCGCGGCCAGGUUCACACGGCUAUGGUACUUCAACCGGGUGAACAAGGGCGCCUUCGAAAAGGAGAAUAUUGCCCUGCACAGAAAAUACGGGUCGAUUGUACGGAUCGCCCCGGAUCAUUACAGCAUAGACGAGCCCGCUGCCAUCAAGCAGAUUUAUGGAAUCGGAACGCACUUUAGGAAGAGCGAUUGGUACUACGGCUGGCAACACCCCGAUCCGGAGCGGCACACUGUCUUCUCAGACAGAGACAUCCAGCGACACGCCAAGCAGCGGCGCAAGUUCAACGCCCUCUUCUCGACCAGCUCGCUGGUGAACUAUGAGCCGUUCGUCGACCGCUGUGCGGACAUCUUCAUUCAGCGCCUCACCGAAUUCGCCUACUCCGGAGCUAGCUUCGACAUGGGCCACUGGUUCCAAUGUUAUGCGUUUGAUGUGAUCGCCUGCAUCACGUACGGCGACCGCUUCGGCUUCUUGGACGAGGGCAAGGACAUCGACCAAGCGAUAGCGCAUCUGUGGAAAACGAUCCGUUACUCGAGCUUGGUCGGCGUCUUCAGCGAGUGGCACGCUUUCCUUUUCCCGUACACGAGCAAGAUCCCCUCGUCCGGAAGCGCUGGUCGCAAGUAUAUCAUGGAUUUUGUGCAGAAGCAGCUCGACAGGCGCAUGGCGGAGCGGAAACGGCGAGAUCUCGAGACGGGGCGGGCCGCGUCGAAGCAGCAGACGGAGGCUGGCGUGCCGGAGGACUUCUUGGAGAAGAUGUUGAACGCGCAGGAGGCUGACCCGGACAGGAUCACGAUGGCGGACGUGUUUGCAAUGGGUCAGUCGAAUAUCAUAGCCGGGUCUGACACGACCGCCAUCAGCCUGUGUGCCAUCCUUUACAACCUCAUUAGGCAUCCGCGCGUGAUGCAGAAGCUUCGGGCAGAGCUGCGCGAGAAGGAAUCGACGGGUCAGUGCAGCAAUCCAAGGGUUACAUUCAAGGAAUCGCUGGGCAUGCCGUACUUCCAGGCCGUUAUGAAGGAAGCACUAAGAAUGCACCCCGCCACAGGCCUGCCCCUGUGGCGUGUCGUCCCCGAAGGCGGCAUCACGAUCAGAAACCUCUUCUUCCCAGCCGGAACCGUCGUCGGCGUCAACACCUGGGUUGCCCACUACAACACCGACAUCUUCGGAUCUGACGCAAAUGUCUUCCGGCCCGAGCGCUGGCUAGAGGCCAGUCCCGAACAGCUGAGGCGCAUGGACGCGUACUACAUGCCGUUCGGUCUGGGGAGCAGGACUUGCAUGGGACGCCACGUUAGCGAAUUGGAGAUGAGCAAGCUGAUCCCCAGACUGGUGAGGGAAUUCGAUUUCGAGGUCACGAAGAAGAGCGGAAAUUGGAGUUCGGAGAACUACUGGUUCGUGAAGCCCACGGACUUCGAGGUCCGUGUGAGGCUCGCGCAGCAAGAAUCUUGA